CCGUGAGUCGCACUCGGAGUCGUCCACGCUGUCGCACAUGUUCAACAGCAGCGACAGUCGGGGUUUAGCUGCUAGCAAAUCCCAAGCACGUCAUUCGGUCAGGUCGACAGCACUGUCGAACAACGCCAGGGCGGCUAAUAAUUCCCGUUGUGCCGCCACCUCCUGGAUUGAAUGCGCCGCCGCUAGUGUCAAUGACGACGAAGUUCAGUCCUGGUCACGAGCAAUUGUCGACCAAGUCAAGAGAAUGGACGGACUUAAGGACGGAGACUUGAUGGACAAUGGACUCACUCAGAAGUUCACAGACUCGAUGACUUCGAUGUUGCGAUCGCGAGGUGGAAUGGCAAAAAAGACGAAGUUGCCUCCUUGUCCGAGAAAUCCGUGCGAAGACAAAGAACCGCCACCACGAAGCAUCCUCGGU